AGGCAGACCAGCGAAACUGCUGGAUGUGUGGAUGGAAUGUUAGUUGACUUGCAGCAUUCAUGUGUAACGGUUGUGCGGCGUGAAGUUGUGGUGAGCAAAACAGUUUGUGGAGUCGUUUUGAGAGUUUUCAUCUGCCGAUGCGGAUGUGUUUUUUCGCUGAUUCUUUGGUGCAACUCUUUCGCUACCUCGGGAACGGGAUGUUGAUGUUGAUGUGAAGCUGGACUCCGUUUGCGAAGAGGGAAGUGUGGCCGGAGUUCGGUAUUAUUUGGUUGCAGUUGUUGUAGCAAGAGCGGGUUCGCCUCGUGGUGCCGCACGAAGGUUCGCUGACGUACGGAGGGUGUAAAUUAUAUACGAUCGUUCGCUAAAAUAUCAAAGGCCGAAGUGAAAGAAACGGUUUUCGUUGUGACCAAGUGUAGUCGAGUGCGGUGAUCGCGACUCCCGGGACUCGAGCCGGGCCGAAGAGGGAAGAGACGACAGAGAAGAGAGUGGAGUGUGUGUGUUUGUGCGCCUGGAGUCAGAAAGUUUCACCUUAUUCUGAUAACUGGAUGUCCUAAAAAGAGUUCAACAGGUUAUAUCGGAUUAAAGCGAAGAUCGCUGGGCACUCGAAAGAAGUAAGUGGAAGCGAUAAGAUUUAGCGUCGUGGCAGUCAAUGCGAAAAAAAGGUAUGUGAGCUGGUGAUAAUCUGGUGAGUCUGUGCAGAAGACAACCGUCCUGUGGCCAUUUGCUCGCAAGAGAUUUGAGAAGCGAAAACAUCCAGAUUUCAUCGCUUAACAUAGAAAGGAACUUCAUCCUUAUCUGCAACGUCCGCAGCAAUCUGUCACGGUAUCCCCGGCACAACCCGGAGCAUAAAUCUUUAGCAUGAAUUCCCCCCGCCAAACGGUGCGCCAAGGGACCAUAAAAGCCAAUAUCAGCAACACCAACGUCAGUGCCACCAGCAGUAGUAGCACCGUUGAUUCAAGUGUCAUAAUUUACCACCAGUACAACAACACUUACAUUGUUUGAAAGCGGGCAAACAAAACAUAACAAAAACAAACAAACAACCCCACCUGUAAGCCCCAAGGCUGAACGAAAAAGAGAAGAGAAGAAGCUCCAACCGUAAGUGAUUGUGAUUUACAAUUUCGAGCCAAAACGAGUGUAAAUAGUGAAACAAGAAGAAAAAGCAAGGGCUGAAACGAAAAAAAAACGACGAGUUUUGUGAAUGAGUGUGUUUGUUAUCGUUGUUGAUAUUGUUGUUGUAGAUCUUUUGUAUUAUUGUUGAUCGGUAGCAACCGUAAUAAAUAGAUCAGUUCUUCAAAAGAGUGAUUUUUUUGCCGGUUUGCCUCUUUGUUCACCGGCUUGUGCGACCAGUUUGGGUAGGGAGGAAAAAAAUAAUCAAUGAAAAGCUGCUGAACCGUGGACGGCAGACGGGGACGUGAAAGAAAACAUCGAAUAAACGAAACGUUGUGAGAAAAAAAAAAAGAUUUUUCGUCAUACUUGUGUCUGGUGAAAACGCGGGAAAAAGCGAGCGAGGAGGGUGUUGACAUCAGCUGUUGUUCGUAUUUACUGACACUAAACGCACUUCACCGGUAGAACGAUGGAGACCGAGGAGAUUAUCAAGCUUGUGGAUGGGAUUUAUAAGAACAUCCUGGACAAGUUCAACCCCGGCGCGAGGCAGCUGAUCGGGGCCGGCAAGGCAUACCUAAAAGCGCUGCACGGAGCAUCCGCUGCGUCCGUUCUGUUCAACGAAGCUUUGGCCAAAAUCGCAGUCAACGCGCAGCAAGGUGGAACCAUCGAUAUCGGUUCUGCCCUGAUGAACAUCGUCGGAGUGUACAAAGAGAUCCAGGACCAGCACAUGAACAUUCUGAAGGCAUUCUACGUAGACUUGCUGGUACCGCUGGAAACCAACCUGGAGAAGGACACCAAGGUGGUGCAGUUCGAGCAAAAACGAUUCCUGCAGCAGCACAAACUGCGCUCGGAUAGCUACAGCAAGGCAGCGGCCACCAUGAAAAAGUAUCGCAAGAAAAGCACCUCUAAGAGCUCACCGAAAGAUGCCGAGAAGGAGAUCAAGAGCAUCCAAACGUUCGAGGAAGAGAAACAUAAGCUGGAUCAGUUUUGCGAGAUGAGUUUGAAGAAUGCCAUGACCCAGGAACGCCGCCGGUAUGGAUUUGUACUGGAGCGGCAGUGUUCACUCGCCAAACACUGGAUGGCCUAUCAUCACUCGGGACAUUUGAUUAUCGAAAAAUCGCUGGAUAAUUGGAACGAUAUUGCUGCCACACGUGAGUUUCUGCCGUCGAACGUCGAAAACAUGUUUAUCUCGAAACAGCUCAAGGACAUUGAGGACGACGAUGAUGACGCGCAUUCGAUUGCCUCUCAGUUGCGCAAAACCCGUUCCAUCGAUGCUUCGUGUUUGGAUAUGCGCUCGCUGGGUGACGUCGUGAACAGUUCGAUGAUGCAAAUGCCACGGGCCAAGUCGGAGUUUAAUUUGAACAACAGCAGCAGCACCAGUGUUAGCACCCUGGUCGGUACGAUGAGUAAUUCCGUCGGCCCGGGGGGACACGUGAUGAGCUCGACCAUGAAAAGUGCCGACGGAACGCAAUGGGAAAGACCAACCGUGAAGGCACUGUAUGCAUAUCUGUCUUCCGGAGAGAAUCAGCUUAGCUUCCUGGAGGGCGACCGAAUCGCGCUGGUUGGUGACCGCGCCAAGGGAUGGCAGUUUGGGGAAAAUUUACGCACCCAAAAGUUUGGCUGGUUCCCGAUUGCGUAUGCGGAAAAUGAGAGAGAAGAAAAGGAAAGCAUCAACGAAUGGGUCAAAGCCCCACCGAGCGAGAUCGAGGUGGACAACACGCCAGAUUCGUCGUUGGAUGGUACUCUUGUUGAUGACCAUAUGUCGAAGGGCAACAACAAUUCGUACCACGAGGACGCUUCCCCAACCCGAAUGUUCGGAGACACCAUCCAGUAUCGACAAUCGAAACAAUUCCGUCGCCUUUCGCGUGGUGAGAAACCACCGAAACCCGGUCCUCCUCCGCAACUGCCGGCACCGGUUCCAACGCCAGUCGUGCCUAACUACAGUAAGCCACCGGGCGUCCCACAGUCGAACAGCUUCUCUUCAUCUGGAGGAGCUCCGCAGAUUGAGAAACGCAAGACGCCUUCAGCUACGAUGAAUUUCAACAAAUCGCAACCAUCGAACAAACCGAAGCAAACGAACCGGAAUGGAAUUGCCAGUGCCUCACUACACAGCAGUAAUGAUAGUGGAUUUUCGAACGAACCUCAGCCACAACCGGAGCCGGAUCUAUAUUCCGACGAGGAAGCGGUCAAUCGGAUUCCGAUUCGCUCUUCGCGCUCGGAGAAGAAUCUUUCGUCACCGCACUCGAUGGAGCGAGAAUUAAACGAUCAACGAUCGCCUCAUCGUCGCUAUAUGGGACCGGGUGGAGACAACGACGAUGACGACAUCUACGGUACGAUCGUCCCAAUCCGUCGCCAGAACCCGAACAUGCGACUGGCCAACAGCUUUGGCAACAUUGCCGACAGCAACAGCGGUACACUGGAGUACGCUUACCGCUCGCGUACACGAAUGUCCGAAGGAAACAACACCAACCAGAGUGAUUCACAGAAGAUCAAGCGAACGAAAUCGUUCUGGAAGUUUUCAAAAUCGCAGGAUCAUAUCCUAGAGGGAAUGGCCAUGUGGAAGCACAACGACAUUAUUCCGACGGGCAAAGAAAAGAGGGAGAUGGAGAAAAAGGAAGCAACGCUGAAGCGUAACAUGCGCAAAAAGGAACAAAUGGAAAAGCAGAAACAAAAGGAGAUGAUCGCGGCCAAGGAAAUAGAAGAAGCUAGAAAGCAGGAGAAUGCGAGAAAUGUCGACAGCAGCACUCUGAUGAGAAACCGUGAACGAACCCGAGAACGGGAGCGUGAACGAGAUCGCGAUCGGGAACAGGAAAUCGAACGGCAGCAACGUGAGCGAGACCAACGUGACAGAAUGAGAGACCAGCAGCAACGGCCGCACAGUAUUGCCGUCGUGUCAGAACAGGAAAAGUUUCCUAUUACCAAGUCGGACAUCGACAAACGGAUUUCCAAGCUGGACGAAAUGAAUCAGCAACAGCAAUCGAAAAAGGCAAGUCAGUCCAGACAGGAACGUCAGGAACGCCAGGAACGCCAAGAGCACCGACAGGAACGUCAAGAUCGGCAUGAACGAGAGCGUCGCCAUGAGGAAUCCGAUCGUAAACCCUCUAAAGCGAAUAAGAAUGACCCGAACAACAAUCGCAACAACUAUAGUAACCGACUGGAACAGGAAGAACAGAUUUACGGCGACUCAAUGCAGGUUAUGUCGAAAAGUAAGGACAAGUAUAGAACCAACGAGCGAGAAAGCAGCAAAAAUCGAAACAAUAAUGCCUUGAAUAAGUACUACCAAGAUCAACACUUUGAUGAUUUCGCCAUAAUUCCCGGAGAUUCGAUAAUGAUUCAGGACGCUAGCUUCUACGAUGACGAUGGCAUGAUGGACGAUAUGAUGCUAAUGAAGACGGUUCGCCGAAAGGAAAUCCUGAAGCAAUACUACUCCAGUGGAACCGAUACGGAGCGGAACUCUUCCAGUUCCGAUCCGUACGAUUGCAUCGUGGUUGACGAUCAUCUUGUUUCAGCAGCAGACAUGAUGAUGAGGAAAAAUCGGGGCGAGAAGGUUCGGGACAACCGCAAGAGCAAUGGCGACUCGAACCGCAUGAUGGACUCCAAAAAGCAGGAGGAAAAAAUGACCUUCUCUACCUUCCGCGGCACGGCUGUCGAUGAGGACGAAGCUAUGAUGAUGAUCGAGGAUGAAAUGAUGGAAGAACCGCGGGAACGUAGAUCGAAACUAUCGAAGGCGAACAGCGCUGGCCCGAUCAUGGAUUCGAUGAAAUACGAGUCGGAGCAGGAAUCGAGAAUCAGUGCGAAGGUGAACAGCAAUGGAAACCAGAAGCGGAAAUCGACGAAAUCAACAGUCUCCGACGGAAAGGCGUACGGUCCUUGGUACGACCUUUGGGGAUCGGAAUCAGCAAUGCAGAGUCAAAAAUAGAACAAAACAUCCAGUCUAAAUCUUGAAACACAAGAGCCAAUCCCACACGACACCAAUCCAAAUAGUCACAACUCACACAUACAUACACAUACAUUAAAGUUCAUACAAUUGCUUUACAAUACCGAGGUUAGACAAUCUUUAUCGCUGGCGUAAAGAUUGAGGUUAAUCCCUGAACACACGCACACAAACUAACAAGAGCCUAAAUUUAACCGUUUUGCAUUCCGGAAACUUUUCAUCGCAGUCGCAAAAGCAGAAAGGUGCAAAAACCGUACAAAACGCCAACCUACAAAUGCCGCCAAUCAGUCUAAAACAGUCGUAUGUGUACCUUUUUUCACACCUCAACGCAGACCUACCGAAAAGUGAAACUCCGAAAUCCAAAAAAAAAAUUACCCGGAAGAACAAACUCCAACAGCGCUCAAUUUUUCUACUUCAUUAUUCUAGGUUAAGACAACAUACAUAUCCCUUACUUAAAAUUUAGUCGUUAGCCUUAUUGUUAUUCAAUGUUAAGUUUAGAAACAGAUUUUUAUCGUUUGUUUCAUUUAUUUUUUUGUUUUGAUUUUGUUUGCAGUCUAAUCCAAUUAGGAGAUAGCCAUCGAUCGGUUCGAAAUCGAUUAGCAUGAAGUUUUGGUGCUUAGUUCUGUAAGAAAUAAAAAAACCAACAAACAUCAAGUUUUAAUCUAAAAUACAGUACGUUACGUAACUUUUUCGGUUGAGGUGUUUAUUUGAUCGUUGAAAAAAAAUUUAUUUCUCUUAUAUUGUUACUUAAUCCCUCGUCAGUUAGUCAGUACCGUUAAACAACAACGUCGGAACGGGUUGCUUCCCAAAAAAUAUAUGCGAAAAUAAUCUAGUUUAACAAUUACCAUUAGGAUAAUUAGAGUUAGAUUUACGGAAACUUUAGAUCAGUUGUUAACGAGACACUGAGAGAGAAAAAAUAGCCCGAAAGUGCCAAUCGAAAACAUCGAAUCAAAAAAAAAAUCACCUAGCGUGAAUGGAACCGACCCGAACGCCUGUGGGUAGACAACACGAUUGUCGUACAUCUGAUCGUAUUUGCAGGCGCGCACAGCAGAUGAAAGAUUUCACAGUCGACGCCGCGAGUUCACGCUUUGUUCUGGAUGUUAUUUUUUAGCAGUUCUGUUGAGGAACAAUGUACAUUUUUCCCAGUUCUUCACAACGAAUAGGUUUUAGAUUUCUUGUUUGAGUUUUUGUCGUAUAAUUUAUGCCCUGUUUGUACGUAAGAAAACUUACUGUAAUUAUGAUUAGGUGGAAAUAAAGUUAUUUUACUCAACUA